GUGGCUUCCCGCCUUUGGCCUGGCCUUUGUCUCCGCUUUCGCCAGAGCUUGGGGUCCGUCUCCGCCGUUCUACGUCCUCCACCUCUGGAGCCUCCAGUGACUUUGUCACAGCCUCUGUUGCCCUGUAAUCUGCAGGUCCCGGGAGAGGCACAGCUAAGAUGCUAGGACAUCCUGGAAGCUGGGAAACGGAUAUUGUGACAUUGCUGAGCCCAGCAUCUAGGUGAUGUAACUCUUCCCUACUGUUUGGUCUCUACCCAAAAAAAGAUUGUGAUGUAUCACUCUGUCAAGAACCUACAUGAGGUGACUGUCCUCUCCAGCCUAGGACCUGCCUACGUUGUGUAUUGAGACAUGUCACUGGGUCUAACACCUAGGUCCUGGGAGACGCACAGCUAAGAUGCCAGGAGACUCUGAAAGCUGGGAAACAGGGCCGUUGACAUUUAGAGAUGUGGCCAUCGAAUUCUCUCUGGAGGAGUGGCAGUGCCUGAACCCUGCUCAGCAAGAUUUGUAUAGAAAAGUGAUGUUAGAGAACUACAGAAACCUGGUCUUCUUGGGUCUUGCUGUCUCUACGCCAGAUUGGAUCACCUGUCUGGAGCAAGGAAAAGAUCCCUGGAAUAUGAAGAGACACAGUAUGGUAGCCACACCCCCAGUUCUGUGUUCUCAUUUUGGCCAAGACCUUGGGCAAAGGCCAGGCAUAAAAGAUUCUUUUCAAAAAGUGGUACUGAGAGAAUAUGGAAAAUGUGGACAUAAGGAUUUACAGAUAAGAAAAGGCUGUGAAAGUGUGAAUGAGUGUAAUGUGCACAAAGAAGGUUCUAAUGAACUAAACCAGUGUUUGACCAGUAACCAGAGCAAAAUAUUUCAAUGUGAUACAUAUGGGAAAGUCAUUCAUAAAUUGUUCAAUUCAGGUAGACGUAAGACAAGACGUACUGGAAGGAAACCUUUCAAAUGUAAAAAAUGUGGCAAAUCAUUUUGCAUGCUUUUACAUCUAAGUCAACAUAAAAGAAUUCAUAUUAGAGAGAAUGCUUACCAAUGUGAAGAAUGUGGCAAAGCCUUUUAUUGGUUCUCCACCCUUACUAGGCACAGGAGAGUUCAUACUGGAGAAAAGUCCUACAAAUAUGAAGAACGUGGAAAAGCUUUUAACCAGUCCUCAACUCUUGGUAGGCAUAAGAUAAUUUACGCUGGAAAGAAACACUACAAACGUGAAGAAUGUGGCAAAGAUUUUAAAUGGUCCUCACACCUUACUAAACAUAAGAAAAUUCAUAGUGGAGAGAAACCCUACAAUUGUCAAGAAUGUGGCAAAGCCUUUAAUGUAUUCUCAACCCUUAAAAGACAUCAGAGAAUUCAUGCUGGAGGAAAACCCUACAAAUGUAAAGAAUGUGGCAGAGCCUUCAGUAUAUUUUCAACCCUUACUACACACAAGAAAAUUCAUAUUGGACAGAGACCCUACAAAUGUGAAGAAUGUGGUAAAGAUUUUAACUGGUACUCACACCUUACUACACAUAAGAGAAUUCAUACUGGAGAGAAACCCUACAAAUGUGAGGAAUGUGGCAAAGCCUUUAGCGUUUGCUCAACUCUUACGACACAUAAGAGAAUUCAUACUGGCCAGAGACCCUACAAAUGUGAGGAAUGUGGCAAAGCUUUUAAUUGUUAUUCACACCUUAGUAGACAUAAGAAAAUUCAUACCAGAGAGAAACCCUACAAAUGUGAAGAAUGUGGUAAAGCUUUUACCCUGUCCUCAUACCUUAGUAGACAUAGGAGAAUUCAUACUGGAGAGAAACCCUACAAAUGUGAAGAAUGUGGCAAAGCCUUUACUGUACUUUCAACGCUUACUAAACAUAAGAUAAUUCAUACUGGAGAGAAAACCUACAAAUGUGAAGAAUGUGGCAAAGCUUUUAACCAGUCCUCACACUUUACUAAACAUAAGAAAAUUCAUCCUGGAGAGAAACCCUACAACUGUGAAGAAUGUGGCAAAGCUUUUAAUUGGUACUCACACCUUACGAGACAUAACAGAAUUCACACUGGAGAAAAACCUUACAAAUGUGAAGAAUGUGACAAAGCCUUUAGUUUAUUCUCAAACCUUACUACACAUAGGAGAAUUCAUACUGGAGAGAGACCCUACAAAUGUGAAGAAUGUGGCAAAGGCUUUAAGCAGUCCUCAACCCUUAAGGAACAUAAGAAAAUUCAUACCAGAGAGAAAUCCUAUAAAUAGGAAGAAUGUGAUAAAGCUUUUAACCACUUCUCAACCCUGACUACACAUAAGAAAGUUCAUGCUGGAGGGAAACCCUACAAAUAUGAAGAAUGUCUCAAAGCUUUUUAUUGAUUCUCAUACCUUACUUAUCAUAAAAAAAUUCAUACAGGAGAGAAAUCAUACAAAUAUGAAGAAUGCAGCAAAGCUUUUAACAAAUCCUUAUCUAUUACUAAACAUAGUUCAUACUGGAGAGAAAAUCUACAAAUGUGAGGAUGGUGGCAAAGCCUUUAAGCGGUUCUCCCAACUUACUACACAUAAGAUAAGUUAUGCUGGAGAGAAACCCUAGAAAUGUGAAAAAUGUGGCAAAGCUUUUAACCAAUCCUCAACCCCUACUACACAUAGUAUAAUUCAUGCUGGAGAGAAACCCUACAAAUGAGACCAGUGUGCCAAAACUUUCAACCAAUACACCUUGUUGCAAGGCAAAGCAUUUAUAUUUGAGAAAAAUUGUACAAAUGUAAAGACUGUGAGAAACACAUUAAUAUUGGCUCACAUCUUAUGCAUCAACAGAGAGUUCAUACUUAGUAAAAACAUGGUAAGUGCAAUUACUGUCAAAAGGUCUUUGAGCCAGGUGUGGUGGCUCACACCUGUAAUCCCAGCACUUUGGGAGCCCUAGGCAGGCAGAUCACGUGAGGUCAGGAGCUUGAGACCAGCCUGACUAACAUGGAGAAAGAAACCCUGUCUCCACUAAAAAAAUACAAAAUUAGCCAGGCGUGGUGGUGCAUGCCUAUGAAAACAUAAGCCUUUAAAGUGAUUAAGAGUAUUUAUUUUGAAGGUGAACAUCACAAAUGUAAAGAGGUAUUAGAUCUUACCGUAUGCCUUUUGUACUAGAGGAAAACUCUGAAGCAGUUGCUCACAACUUUCCAAAAUUGAACAAGUAAGAAACAGAAGUCUUGCACUGGACAAAAACGUAUAAAAUAGAUGAUGAAACUGAACUAGUAAUAAAAAACCUACCAACCAUAAAAGCCCUGAAUUAUAUAAAAUGGCAGACAAAUGUUACCAAAUAUACAAAGAUGAGUUCCUACUACUACUAAAUGUACUCCAAAUACUCAAUGUGGGAUUACACCUUAACUCAUUUUACAAAAUCAAUAUUAUCUUGAUACUAAAAUCUAGGGAAGGCACAACAAAGAAAGGAAACUACAGGCCAAUAUUUUUGAUAAACAUUGAAACAAAUAUUGUCCAUGAAACACUAGCAAGGUGAGUUCAUAAGCAAAUUAAAAGGUUGUUUUGUCACA